AUGUGGGCUCUGGAUAGCACUGGUUGUGAUGCACAGAUGGCAGUACUAGUUUUUUGGGUGUGGGUGUGUGCACAGCAGUGUCAGGUCCAGAGCACAGACAAACUUAAUGAACAAGCCAAUGAGGAGAUUUUCAAAGUAGAACAGAAAUAUAACAAACUCCGCAAACCAUUUUUUCAGAAGAGAUCAGAAUUGAUCGCCAAAAUCCCAGAUUUCUGGGUAACAACAUUUGUCAAUCAUCCACAAGUGUCUGUAUUCUUGGGGGAGGAAGACGAGGAGACACUGCAUUAUUUGACCAGAGUUGAAGUGACAGAAUUUGAAGACAGUAAAUCAGGUUACAGAAUAAGUUUUUAUUUUUAUGUCAAUCCUGAUAUUGAAAAUAAAGUUCACUCCAAAGAAUUUCAUUUGAGUGAGAAUGGUGAUCCAUCUUCAAAGUCCACUGAAAUCAAAUGGAAAUCUGGAAAGGAUUUGACGAGUCAAACACAGAAUAAAACCCCUGGGCUCAGGCAGUCUUCUUCCACUGUGCCCUGCCCAGAGAGUUUCUUUAUCUGGUUCAUCAAUCAUUCUGAGGCAGGUGCAGAUGAGUUAGGAGAGGUCAUCAAAAAUGACAUUUGGCCCAGUCGAUUACAGUACUACUUGGUUCCUGUUAUGGACGAUGAAGAAGGAGAAGGAGAAGACGAUGAUGACGAUAAAGAGGAAGAAGAAUUGGAAAAUGUUGACAAAGACAAGGAUGAGGAUGAAGGUGAAGAUAAAGAUGACGAGGAAGGGGGACAAGGAGAGGAGAAUGAAGGAGAAGACGACUAA